GCAAACAUCCGGCUGCACUUUGCAGCAGGUUCUCAGUCCUUUGGGCUGUAGGAACAUCGGUCUGGUUGACAGCAUGGCGGGCUUCUCCCUAGUGCUCAUCGCCUGCGGGCUGCUGGCUGAGACGUGGACCAGCUGUGACGCCUCGGUGUUUCUCCCCAGGCACAUGGCGGGCUCCGUCCUGAAGAGGCACCGGCGCUACAACACAGGCAGGCUGGAGGAGGUGCUGGCGGACAACCUGGAGCGCGAGUGUAUCGAGGAGAAGUGUAACUUUGAGGAGGCCCGAGAGUACUUUGAACACGGAGAGAAAACAAUGGAAUUUUGGGUCAGUUAUAUCGAUGGAGACCAGUGCUUGUCUUCGCCGUGCCAGAACGGGGCCGAGUGCAAAGAUGCCAUGAGUUCCUACAUAUGCUGGUGCCCAGUUGGGUUUAGUGGCAAGAACUGUGAGAUAGAGACAGCAAGACAGUGCGACAUCAACAACGGGGGCUGCAUGCACUUCUGCAGGGCCGACAGAUUCCGGGGGGUGGGUUGCGACUGCGCAGUGGGAUACAAGCUGGCUCGGGACGGAAGGACAUGCGAACCUGAAGGUAACUUCUCCUGUGGGAGAAUUGGGAAGAGCAUCAUUACUGCUCUGUCUACGCGCACCCUUCGAACCGACCUCGCACUUGACAGUGUCGGUAACGGGAAAAACUCCUCGCUUCCGCCGAACGCCACGGGGCCGCCCCCUAGCACCACUCCUCUGGUCAAAGCCACCAAUCCACCCCUUUCCCAGAGCAGGUGGCCCUCCUGGGUAUUCAGCCCCACUUUGCCUACCAUUCUGCCGGGGCAAAGCACAGAAAAUCGCAUUGUAGGGGGUAAUGAGGUGACACAUGGAGAGGUCCCCUGGCAGGCGGCUUUAAUCGACAAUGUUAAAAAAGUGGUCUUCUGCGGGGGGUCCAUUCUGAGCGAUGUGUGGGUGAUCACCGCAGCCCACUGCCUGGAGGGUCUCGACACCAACUCCUACUUCAUCAGAGCAGGGGAACACCACGUGCGCAAAGACGAAGGCACGGAGUCCGACCACCAGGUUGCUGAGCAGCACACGCACCCGCUUUACGAUGUGAAGUCCAGCCAGUACAACCACGACGUGGCCCUGGUGCGCCUGAGCACACCCAUCUCCUUCUCGGACUACGCCCUGCCCGUUUGCCUGGGGUCCCGCGCCUUCACGGAGAUGCUGCUGACCGCGGGCCCUACCUCCCUGGUGAGCGGCUGGGGGAAGGUGCUUUUCGAGGGCGCCGAGUCGCCCGUCCUGCGCAAAGUCGAGGUGCCCUACGUGGAGCGCACCGAGUGCAAGGAGAGCAGCAGCGACCGCAUCACCCGCAACAUGUUCUGCGCCGGAUACCUUACCGAGCUGAAGGAUUCUUGCCAAGGAGACAGCGGCGGACCCCACGCGACCCGAUACCACGACACCUGGUUUCUCACGGGCAUUGUUAGCUGGGGCGAGGAGUGCGCCAAGGGGGGCAAGUACGGCAUAUACACCCAUGUGGCUCGCUACUACCCGUGGAUCGCCCGCAUCACUGGGAUUAAAAAGAACCUUGAAAGGCCUUGAAAGUGUUCGGCACAGCCCCGGUGCGACUAACCAUCCCAAUACAGAAAAGCAAUCUUAUUUUUUUUAAAAAAAACACACAGUAAGAAUAUGUUGCUUCCAGUUAAAACACGUUCUGUCUGCGGUCGCUUUGCCGCAGUUCGCAUGCUGUUAUUACACAUGACAUUACUGCAUUCGUUCAGCGUUAAU